GUGUUCUUCUGCCAUCAGUACUUUUGACAUUAAAAUCCUUAAAGGUAGACCUCGUUACGUGCAACUUUUUCCAAGUGAGUCCACCUUCUCUUCAUUGUACCAUGCAUAAAUGUAUGGAUUUCAUAAAUUGAGAGGAUUUCAUUUGGUAUAUACCAAAUGGAAUUGACAAUUGAAAGCCACUGGAUUUAUUAUGAGUGUAUCUAGUCUUAACCUGCUUGAGUUUGGUAGAAAUGUGUUUUAAACGCUUUACCGCGUUUACACACAAAAUGUAUCCGUGAAUACAGUUUUAUUGUGAUCAGAUAAAGAUUUGGAUGUAAACGUUCUUUUAGAAAAAUCACAAUUUGAUUUCAUUUUUGUAGUUGGCAACAUGAAAUUUGUUUGACAGCUGACGUAUACUCUAGUUGUGUGUACCCAAACAAACAUGUGAAAUUUAUUAGCGAAUAGCAUUAAAUUUUGGCAAUAAUUAUAUUUUACUGUAUUGCAACUAAAAUUAAAAGUAAAGCCAACAUAAUAAAAAUAUUCACAAUCUUGGCGUGUGAUUGGGAUGCAACGAAAAAGUGCUUGCGGCCAAUAACAAUAACAUUUGUGAUAACAACAAUGAUAAGGGGACAUACAAGAACAUUGGCUUGAUUUUUGGCAAUAUAUCAUUUGUUUGUUUUAUUGACUGAUAAUAUAAUUGUGCAAAAAUUUCUAAGAAAAUCUAUUUACGUGACAUUCUAAAGUAUAUAUUUGCAAACGUUGAUAUUUCACAAGAUUAUUUUCACACAAUUUCAAUUUCGUUGUAAGGAAAAGCGGCAUCCACAGAAACCAAACAGAAUGAGCUCAUACAAGGGUACGGCAGUCCGCCUAUUGAAAUGUUUUUGUGGCUGUCAAGAUAUGACCCCAGAAGAAGUUCAACGAAUAUAUUACCUAACACUGCAAGCAACACUAAUCGAUCGUCAAGCUGUGAAAUUAUUUAAAAGUUACUUACAAAGAAAUCGUUGCGGUGACAAAUCGCUUUCCGAACAAUAUAUUGAAGUCUAUGAGUUAUGUGGAGAAUAUAUGAAACCACAUAUUGGUGUCAUCACCCUGGAUGAGUUGGAUGAAUUAGUUGAUUUGGGAUUACCCAGAGAAUUGGAGAAAGAAUUAAAUGAACAAAUUAAAACGGGCGAUAGUGAUAAGAUAACACGUUGUCUGUUGCGUGUGCAGGGUACACUGCGAAAUGCAAUCGAAGAGAGUGAAGAAUAUAAAGGCUAUCGUGAUGCUUUGGCAGAAAAACUAAGUCAGCUCUGAGAUGAGAAAUGAAAUUAGGGUUUAUCAUAAAUUCUGGGUGCUUCUCAGGAA